AUGUCGGGCCAGCAAAAAUAUACAGGCGUUGUUCCUUUGGACCUCAAGUCAGUUCCGGCGGCGAACGCCAGAAAUGACCUCGACGCGGAGUGCCGGGGUGCGAGGGGGCGGUUGCCAGCGGUGGCCACAAAUAAAUUUUUUGCCAUCGAAACGUCCUCGGAAGGAAGUGGUUCCAGUCACGUGGCCCUCGAAGGGCAUCAUGAGCGCUGCCUUGCAGGGGGAGGGGCCUGUCACAGUGACGAUGUGUCACUUUCUCUUUUAAAGGAGCUCGCUUUCACGUCGUCAUCUGAGUCGUCCGAGGGUGUUCCGGUUUCUCCUACACGCGCGGAUGAUGUGCCGUUAGAUAACAUGGAUGAUGCAGUGGAGCGGGAGAAGCGGGGACUACCGGUUUGCGAUCAAAAUCAUGGCCCUUUUUUAGAUUCUGGUCUCAAGGAAGAGGAGUCUCCUGAUAGGCAUUUGCCUCAGGCUCCUCUCGCUGUUCCGCUGGAGAGCACAUCCGUGGACUGUGGCGAAAAACGUAAGCUCGUAGAAGCCAGCGAGACUUUGUUUUUCCCGACACAGCAUGUUCCAGCUGGGGGCCCUAUGCAAUGUUCUCGGUGCCUGCCCCAGGGGCGCAAAGAUUGUUUGGUAGAACUUUAUUAUAGAGGGGUUACGACACGAAGGAGAUUAGAAGAAAAGUGGGCCACCAUACGCGCUGCCAGGGAAAAUGCGUUUAAGGCGUAUUCAUUUCAACCAAAAAUCACAAACAAGGCCAAGGCAAUUCCGCGCCGUGGGAAAAUCCCUGGGUGCUACGAGCAUGAUAAGCAUCUUCGUCAACGGCUUAUUCUCGAGGCAUGGAAGUCGGAAUCUGAUGGGCAGUGCCAGCCCACCCCCACGAUUUCCAAGGGAUCCGAGCGCAUAGUGCGUCGAGUGAGAGGCAAUAGCGCGCCCGUGAUUCCUGUGGAGGAGCGACUACACUUGGACUCGGAUCGACGCCGGUGUCGAAUGGAAGAAGAAGCAGUGAAGCAGCAGAUUUAUUGGGUUAAACGUACUCCAGGUGAUAUUAAGGCCCACAUUGAUCGUCUGUACAUGUGCGAGGUAAACCGUCAGUUUGCGCUGCAGAAGUUGCGGGAGGAGGUGGAUGCGGGUCGUCGUCAAGCACCACUGCAUGUGAGUGGCGCGGACGUCGUUAGGCGUCUUGCGAGGCCGUUGGAAAGGACACGGCGUGGGCGUUGCAUGGAUGAGGAAAAGCAGCCCUUUGCGCCUCAGCUUUUUUCCGGUACGGAUGAGUUACGUCGCCGCGCAAGAAGGAGGCGAGUCGACGCGUGGUACCUCUUUUUCACGCAGAGGCGUCACGAAGGUGCCUUUCCACCGAACGCGAUUGCUGAAAAAAUACGGGAGGCACUUGAGCAUGCAGAUUUGUCGGGAAAUUUUUCACGAGCUGCCUUUGGCUCCGCCCUCGAUGAGUAUGAAAAAAGGCAUGGGACGCAGUCGUGGCACUCAACGCCGCCGCCCGCUGCGCCCGCCUUGAACGAGGAAUUAACGUUUGCGCCAAAGGUCAACCCUCGCAGGAGCUCGCAGGAGUCUGCACAGGCGGCACACGAGCGGUUGUUUUCCGCGGUGAGAAAACAACAACUGACAAUACAAGCAGAGGAAGCGCGAGUGCGGCUGGAGGCUGCCUUGGAUGAGGAGAGACGAAAACAAAAACAGCAGCGACAGCAGCGACAGGCAAGGGCUUUGUCUAACAAGAAGAUGAAGUUGUUAGAAAGCCCGAGCAGUGCCGAAGAGGAAGGAAGACGUCCUCCACUCUCGUUACUGCCGAGUGAAACCCCACAGAGCAUUGCAGAUGAUGCCUGCGUGUGUGAGAGCUUCAUAGUGUCGCCUACAUCUGAUACCUCAGCUUCAUUAGAUUCUAUGCCUGUUCUAGUUGAGCUGCCAACGAUGUCUGCCUUUUCGCACGUCUUGGUUGCAGCACAGCAGUUGCAGAGUUUACUCGAUGCAGCCGAGGGUAGAGAAGAAAAAGAAGGCGUGUCGUCAGUUUCUCCUCGACAAGAGGCGGCGCCUUUUGCGGAGCAUACCAGGCCGGUUGUUAUUGCUGACACGCCUCAGGUGGCAAACACCAGGCCUGAGCCCUCAGUUUCGAGAGGGUGUGGGAGCCAACGCAGCGCAGUCAAGAAUAUGCGCGUGUCCACGGACCUCCUGCUGGAGUGUGCGCUAAGCCGCCUCACCUGGUCCGCGGACGUAGCCACGCGGCGGCGCGAGUGGAGCGAAGGUCGACGUCGUCUGCAGGGGGUGGGAAAAAUGCUUUAUCAGAAGAUGUAG